CCAACCAUACAAAACCCAUCAAAGACUUUGCCUUAUGCACAUCUCAGUGUUCUUUCUUAAGCUAUGGCGCACCCAAUCGAAGCAAAAGAAUACUGGAAUGAAUCAGGUUUCUAGAUUCCCUAGCAGUUGUUUCGAUUUUUGGAUACCAUUGGGCAAAAACCCUACGAUUCAAUCAAACUCAAACGUUUGAUUUCAUCAUGGAAAGAGAAUUGAAACAGAAACGGCAAGUUGAUGUUGAUUCGCUGGCAACUUCUUCUUCCGGUUAUCCUCGAGAUCGGAGACGACAUCCUUCUCCACCGGCUAGAUCACCUGAAGAUUCCCCGUUGUCAACUAUGUCUUCUCUGUCAUCUCUCAGCCAUGGAUUCUCUCCCGAAAGAGUUGAGGUACAACCUGAAGCAGAAUCAGAAGCAGCAGAAGAAGGAGAGACAUCACACGGCUCACCAACGUUAGAUCCGUUGCCGGAUUUAACCGGAGCGAGGGUAGCGUCGCCGGCGCCUGUGUCGACGGUGAACAGGUAUGUUCGAGAAGAGACUGUUCCGAUUAAAAAAGCGGAACGCGGCGCUCAAGACGGAUACGUUGGAAAGCCACCGGAGGAACCACGAACAGGCGGCGGAAACCAAGGGAGGCGGCCGAGGUCAUCUAUGGGGAGCGUUAGUAGGAUGGAAAAAGAAGGAUCGAUGAAGAAGAUAGCGUUAGGGUUUAGGAUUUUCGAAUUGCUCUUUUGUUUGAUAUCGUUGUCGGUGAUGGCCACCGACAAGCGUCAGGGAUGGGCUCUCGAUUCAUUCUACCGUUACAAGGAGUUUCGGUACUCCAUGGCAGUGAACAUUGUCGGAUUUGCAUACGCUGUGCUACAAGGACUUGAUCUGGCCUAUCAAUUGGCCACCGGAAAUCAUUACAAAAGACGCCAUUAUCUCCGGUAUUACUUUGAUUUCGCCAUGGACCAGAUGUUGACAUAUCUUCUGAUAUCAUCGGGAUCAUCAGCAGCCACAAGAGUAGACGACUGGAAAUCGAAUUGGGGUGCAGACAAGUUCCCACAGCUGGCUACCACUUCUGUUAGUCUUGGUUUUGUGGCCUUUGUUGCCUUUGCCUUCAGCUCUUUAAUCUCUGGUUAUCUUCUUCAUGCUUCCACAUCUUCAUGAUUUUCUAUUAUUACUACUUAAAUUUUCUUAUAUGUUCAUAAUAGAAUGUAAAAGCUUAUUAUAAGGAAGGUUAUGUUCAUGUGCAAUGUAAAUAGAUUUGUAUGAUAUGCUAAACAGGCUUAUGGAGAAUGUUAAAACUUUCAUGAACUUUUAAUUCAACUUUUAUGGAAGUGAUAUGUUCUUGUUUCA